CCAGCGGGUGACGCCGGCCAUUUGCUCGCAGGAUGUUCGACGUGGGGGGCCAGAGGUCGGAGAGGAAGAAGUGGAUCCAUUGCUUUGAGGGCGUGACGGCCAUCAUCUUUUGCGUGGCUCUCAGCGCCUACGACCUGGUGCUGGCGGAGGACGAGGAGAUGAACCGGAUGCACGAGAGCAUGAAGCUGUUCGACAGCAUCUGUAACAACAAGUGGUUCACGGACACUUCCAUCAUCCUCUUCCUGAACAAGAAGGACCUCUUCGAGGAGAAGAUCGUCCACAGCCCCCUAAGCAUCUGCUUCCCCGAGUACACAGGGGCCAACAAGUACGACGAGGCGGCCAGCUACAUCCAGAGCAAGUUCGAGGACCUGAACAAGCGGAAGGACACCAAGGAGCUCUAC